CCUCUGGGCCUGGCAGAAAAGGGUUAAGAAAAGCGGUUGAAUGCUGCAAGCCUCGUCAGGGUUGUACUAUUUUUUCUAGUGCAUACGGAGAAGGGAGAGGAGGGUUGCACGGAAAAGGGAAAUUUCCAAGAAAAGAGGGAUCUGCGGCAAUAUCUGCACCUCAGGGGAUGAAGAGAGGAACCAACGGGCAUAAAUGGCCUGGAGCCGGCUGAAAUCUUCGCCGAGGAGAUUGGCACCGCGGGGUUAUUUUCCACCUGCCUCCCCUACCCAUUUCUGUAAUCCUGGCUCAAAGUAGACAAGUCGAGUUGGAGCUGAAGAAGGGAGGCGAUGCCACACCUCCCGAGGACACUGGAGACAUCGGGUUUUGCUGAGCUUAGCAGCUUUUCACCGUCGUACCAAAGGCAUCAGACAGACGCUCAUCUGCCCUGAAGUGCAUAUCUGCAACAGCUCCCGGGAAGACUCUGUCUCUCUGUCUCUCUGUCUCUCUUUUCUCUCUCUCUCCAGUCCAAACCAUUACAAGACCUGACUUCCACCAUCUGGGAAUUUAACCCCUCUUAUGUCCCUUCUCCUUUUUCUACGAUGACUCACCAUUAUUUUUAACUUUGAAGAGAGAGGAAAUUAUGGGGAUCUUGGAAGCCUGUAUUUCUCUCUAGGAUUUCCCCGGGGUCAGAUAAUCGGUGUUACUAAGAGACUAAGAUUUGGCUUCUCCAGGAUAGUAGCCCUGCCCUGAACCUGAUCCCACCACUGGGUCCUGGGAAGAGUUUAGCAUAAGGAUUUCUUUGAAACCCCAAUAUGACAGUUGCUACUGGAGAUCCUGCAGAUGAAGCUGCAGCUCUUCCCGGUCACCCGCAGGACACGUAUAACCCUGAGACCGACCAUGAGUGCUGCGAGAGGGUGGUCAUCAACAUCUCGGGGCUGCGCUUCGAGACGCAGCUCAAGACGCUCGCCCAGUUCCCAGAGACCUUAUUAGGGGAUCCUAAAAAGAGGAUGAGAUAUUUCGACCCUCUCCGGAAUGAGUAUUUCUUUGACCGGAACAGGCCCAGCUUCGAUGCGAUUUUGUACUAUUACCAGUCUGGGGGGAGGUUGAGGAGGCCGGUUAAUGUGCCCUUGGACAUCUUCUCGGAAGAGAUUCGAUUCUAUGAACUGGGGGAAGAGGCAAUGGAGAUGUUUCGAGAGGACGAGGGCUACAUCAAAGAAGAGGAGAGGCCAUUGCCUGAGAACGAGUUUCAGAGACAAGUGUGGCUGCUCUUUGAGUACCCCGAGAGCUCAGGCCCUGCCAGGAUUAUAGCUAUUGUCUCCGUCAUGGUGAUUUUAAUCUCCAUCGUCAGCUUUUGCUUGGAAACAUUGCCCAUUUUUCGGGAUGAGAAUGAAGACAUGCAUGGCAGCGGGCUGAGCCACCUCCCCUAUUCCAACAGCAGCAUGGGGUACCAGCAGUCCACCUCCUUCACAGACCCCUUCUUCAUCGUGGAGACACUUUGCAUCAUCUGGUUCUCCUUCGAGUUCCUGGUGAGGUUUUUCGCCUGCCCCAGCAAGGCUGGAUUUUUUACCAACAUCAUGAACAUUAUUGACAUCGUAGCCAUCAUCCCCUAUUUCAUCACCUUAGGGACAGAGCUGGCCGAGAAGCCAGAGGAUGGCCAGCAAGGCCAGCAAGCCAUGUCCUUGGCCAUCCUCCGAGUCAUCCGCUUGGUGCGGGUCUUCAGGAUCUUCAAGCUCUCCCGGCACUCCAAGGGGCUGCAGAUCCUGGGGCAGACUCUCAAGGCCAGCAUGCGGGAGCUGGGCCUGUUGAUAUUCUUCCUCUUCAUCGGCGUCAUCCUCUUCUCCAGCGCCGUUUACUUCGCCGAGGCCGAUGAGAGCGAGUCCCAGUUCCCGAGCAUCCCCGACGCCUUCUGGUGGGCUGUGGUUUCCAUGACGACUGUUGGCUACGGAGACAUGGUCCCCACAACCAUCGGGGGGAAAAUAGUGGGUUCCUUGUGUGCCAUUGCCGGCGUAUUAACGAUUGCCUUACCAGUGCCCGUCAUAGUGUCCAACUUCAACUACUUCUACCACCGGGAGACGGAGGGAGAGGAGCAGGCUCAAUAUCUGCAAGUAACCAGCUGCCCAAAGAUCCCCUCUUCCCCUGACCUAAAGAAAAGCAGAAGUGCCUCUACUAUUAGUAAGUCUGAUUAUAUGGAGAUUCAGGAAGGCGUAAACAAUAGCAAUGAGGAUUUUAGGGAGGAGAACUUGAAGACAGCCAAUUGCACCCUAGCUAACACAAACUAUGUGAAUAUCACCAAAAUGCUAACCGAUGUCUAGUAGCUAAAAUCUAGUAAUGUAUUUAAAGCUGAAGUGGAACAAUUGCAGAUAUUGAGUGCUGCUCUGCAUUGUAGUUAACACAGUAUUUUCUACGGUGUAUAUUUGGUUCUGCAUGGGAAGCAAUAGCUGUGUAAGUUACUUUUAACCUUCUAUUUCCACACUGAAUAAGCGUCUGUGCAAAAAAAAAAACAAACCACAAAAACAAACAAACCGACAAACUAAACCCAAACCGUUUUGUUGCCCUUCUCCCAUCCCAGGCUUGUGGGUUUCCGAAGAUAUGGGAGGUAUUUCCAGCAGCAGGAUGGGGAUACGAGGGGCAGCUCCAGGCUGUGCCAGAUCCCUGUCCGGGGUGACGACCACCUCCCAGGGAACGGCUGGGAAAGGUCAGGCAGAACUUGCUGAAGGGACGAUGCGGGCGAGUGUCCGGAUUGCUGGAAGGCUCAGGUUUCCACCCUGGGAAUGCCAAGCCCGGCCGCGUCGCCCAGGCUCGUGUUUCAUAACUGAAAAUGCUGCAUGCUGCAAUAGUUUCAGCCACUGCAGUGUGCCAGUGUGAGGCCCAGGGGAGGGAUAAUUAGUGUGACAGCACAUUAUUUAUUAAGUCUUAAAUUUUCUGUGCCAGGCAUCGGGAGGGCCGGGUAAAUAAAUCAAGCGCUUGGAUUUUAGUAUUUCUUCAGAUAACACUUCCAUCCCUAAUAUUUCCAGGCUCACCAAAGACAUCUCCACUAAUAUAUUGAAAAUGAGUUGGAAAAAGCAUCUUUUUUUACAUCUAUAUAUAAAACUGGAGCAACUAUGCUGUGGCCUAUAAUAUAUUUAUACUGCAGUGAAAUUUAACCAGUAAUACAGUACAGCUGCAUGGAUAUUUGUUGCAUGAAUCUGAAUAUUUAAUACACACACAAAUAUAUAUUUUCUUAGUAGACUAUACAAUAUUCAUGUUUAUAGUGUUUAUAGAUUCUCCGGUGGCUCAAAGGAGAUUCAUGGGAGUUCAAAAAUCCCAACUAUAGUUAAAAACAGGAUGGAGAAGGCAUGUGCUGACAACAGUUGGAUAGGUAACAAGGCAAAGCCUGAGUGUCUGAGCAUUCAGACCCAAGAGCCAACUAGUGCAACGGAAGGUGAGCUGAAAGUUAAACACCUGCACUCAUUAUGGGGCGAGUAAUUAGUCAUUAAUCUUGGUGUCAGGAGCAGAAACCACGGAGGAUCAGAGAGGGCACCAGGAGCAGGUGGAAUUGCUCUCUUGGCUUGUUUGUUCAGCAGUUUUCAGCCGUUCCUGUAUAAUUCUUGUGUGUGUGUAUGUAGAUAUUUAGAGAGCGACUACAGGGCCGAAUCCUCAGCAAACAGAGCUCUUGGGGCAUCGGGGAUUUCCUGAUUUAGGGGUGCUGGGAUGGUGGGACACGGGUUGGAGCAGGAUGACCUACCCCGUGGAGCCCACGGGAUCACCGGGGCAGGGCGUGUUUUGGGUUGGAAAACUCUUUUUCAACCACACAGAGCCCUAGGGCUGGGGGUUUAUUUCUUUAUGAUGGAGAGGGCAUGUGCUGGGGGUGGGCUGGAUCUGAGCUGGUGCCUCUGAGCCUUUGCUUUACCUUCUUCCAAGGUUUUUAGAGCAGUGAGUUGGGGUGCAGAGAGCCUGAGUUUGUCUCUGCUUCUUCAUCCCUGCUGGUAUUUGGGGAUGGGAGCUGUUGAUCCAGGGGGAUCUUGUCUGCUUUCCCCAUUCCCGUCUGGGUUUCCUUGUGUCUCCCUCAUUGCUGACAAUCCCCAGGGACAGGUGUCCUGUUCCUCUGAUAGGUCAGGGGAGAGGGAUGAAAAUCUCUGUCAAGGUCGUGGUCAAUCAAAGCCUCCCUGGGCUGUGGAACAAGGUUCAGUUGGGGUGAAUUUGGGCUGAAUUGGGGCACAGUCAGUGCUGUACCACUGCAUGAAGUGUGGGCACAAGGAAGGAAUCCUCUGGCAGAGCAUAUGGGGGAGGUCAGAGACCCUUCCUGAGCUCAGAGAGGAAAACUCUACUAAAUAACAAUAAACCAACCGGUGCUAACAUAUUCUACAGCAAUGGUUCCAAAUGAUGCUCUGGGGCCAGAUCUUGUGCUGAUGUGGCUUCCUUCAGCCAGGUGGAAACACUCCUCAGUUUUGUUGGCUUGGUUGGUUGAUUGAUUCCGGCCUGGCUAUAAUUAAUACCAUGGCUUGUGCACGAGAGUCCUGCCUUCUGUUUGGGGCAAAGGACCAGCAGCAUCCAGGGGUUGGGGCUCAGUGUGCUCAGCACCACGGGGCACCCAACCCCUCUUUCAUCUCAUUAUAUUGGGAGCCUUCUGCUCCCACUUUCCUGCAGCAGCUUGGGAACGGGAGCUUCUGAAACCCACACACCCCCCAACCCUCCCCCCCCCAGAAAUCAACACAAUCAAAAGCAAUAAAUUUUGACUCCUGAAGCUCAUCAUGUUGGAUGGGGCAGGGCUGGCAGGAGUCUCCAGCUUGGGCACAAUUCCCGGGGCAGUCAGCCAACUUCCAUUGAUCCAGCUCCUGGUGGGUCCAUGGAGACAUGAGCUUGCACAGGGAAGCUGCUGGAUGUGCUGGGAUGCUGCUCACCCACCUCUGGGUCCCUCCACAGCUGGUGAUCCCAUUCCCGGUCUUGCUGCACGUUUUUUGGGAUUCUGUCAGUCGGUGAGACUUGGCAAAGUGCCUGGUUGUGAGCUUGGGAUGGUUUGGGAUGGUUGGCCAAAGCCUUGGGUGCACGUUGGGAGCGUGAGUGCCAUUGUGGGUUGGUGAGGAAGAAGGUUGUGUUUUCCUUUGGGUAGGUGGUGUUUUGGGAAUAUUGUUCUCGUGGGCUUUCCAAGGCCGGGCGGGAGGGGAGAGCGGAUCCGUGAGCAGGAUCAGUCACAUCCAAACCUUCUCACCAAACUGGGGGGCCCAGCUGCCUUUGGAAGCCCCAGAGGUGCAUUCCAGUGAAAAAUGGGGCCGAAGAGCAAGAGGCCACUCUCCUGUUGUCACCAAUGUGUGCUGACAUCUGUCCCCACGGCAGGGCUGGCACAGCCAGUCCUUCCUUGGGACAGAUCCUGCACCUCUUGCACUGACCCCAGCAGAGGUUCCUGGGGAAAACAAGCCCUGGUGGGGGAUUGGCUCUGUUCUGCACUUGUUUGGGAAACAGGGCAACCAACCAGAUCAGUGCUCAGAUGUUUGUUCAGGGUGGGAAAGGUCGGGGGAGGCCGUGGCUGGGAGGGAUCUGUCCGUCUGCACAAAGCAGAGGGGUCCAGAUUUCUCCCUUGCACACAGAAAUGGUUCUCCUAUAGCUUUUAAUGGGAUUUGUGCCUGCAGGUCGGAGCUCUAGUGCUAUUUCUAGCUUUGCUUCUGACUCACUGAUGUGAUCUUGAACCAGUUUUUCGGGAGGAGAAUGUGAUAUUUUUUCCUUUUCUUAUUUUUUUUUCUCAAGGAAUUUGGUUUCAGAGGCUCUGGGCCUGUUUCUGUGGAGAUGCUGAGCACCCCAACCUCCUCUUGACUCUGAAAGGGUGCAAAAAUGAGCUGCAGAAUGGCUCAGACUGAGGAUGCUAAAUUAGGGACCGGGAAAGGGGGGGUGUCCCACCAUCCAUGUUUGAUUGCAUGAGGCCGCUUAGUGGAGGUGGUCUGGUUCCUUUCCUCCUCCUGAGGAGAAAUUUGCCUCUCUGCAGGGUUGGGAUGGAGGACUGGAGCUCUCUGGUCUGUGGAGGUGCUCCUGGAGGAGAGAGCAUGUCUCUCUUAGAUUAUCCUUUGUGCCACAGUUUUGGAGAGAUGGAAAACUGGGAUUACAAUGUGGGUUGUCUUCUACACCCAACCUCAUGCCCAAGCCUUCCAGCAACCCAUCAACCCUUUAAUAUCUUCCAAAAUCUCUGCUAAGAGCAAUGGGUGAGGCUCAAAUACCAGCUGGAUGCUACCAUGUGAUUAGGAAAAAAUGAUCUGUGUUUUAUUGGAAAAAUUAAUCUCUGCAGAGAAAUUUUGUGUCCAAGUCCUCCAGAUUUGAAUAGUGAGCUAUAAGAAGAAGAGGAUCUCUAGAUUGGCGUGAUGAGAGUGUGGCACGUGGGUGUAUAAAUAUGGGCAUAUUUGUGCAUAAAUACACAGAAGGAGAGAAAAAGACAGAGGAGGAGGAGAUAUUUCAGGAAGGGCCUUGCUUUGUUAUCAGAUAAUUCCUGGGUCAGCCCUUGAAAUCGCUGCCAAAAUCUUGUAGCUUUCCCAGAGCUUGCAAAACACUUGGGGAUGGGUCCAAGUGAAGGAGAGCUGGAUUUGGCUUUGGAAGCAGGAGUUUCCCAAGGGGUUGGGGACGUUCAUCUCCUUGCAACCCUCUGCAAACCAGCAGUCUCUGCUCCUGAUCCUGAAUCCCCACCUUGGGCCCAUCAUGACCAUUUCUGUGAGUGUGCAGGGAAAGCCAAGGAGAAGUUGAAGGUAUUUGGUGGUGAUGCAAGUGCUGUGCUGCACCAGGUGGGGUUUUGAGGUUAUUUUUUUUAAUGGGUGGAUUUAAGUCCCUUGAACUAUGGCAACUUUUGGUCCCAGUGUGGUAGCUCCUAUUUGGAGCCAGGGUAGGGUUAUCAUGGAAUUAUGGAAGGGUUUGGUUAGAAGGGACCUUAAAGGCCACUCCCUGCCAUGGGCAGGGACACCUUCUACUAGACCAGGUUGCUCCAAGCCCCGUCCAACCUGGCCUUGAAACCUUCUCUCAAGGUCUACACCCAGGGGUGUAGUUUUGUCUAUGAUAGUUGUCCGUGGUGGUUAUCCAUGGUAGUUUUCCAUGGUGGUCAUCCAUGGGAGCUGGUCAGUGUGCUGCCAGGGUAAAAAGGGCUGAGAAGAAAGGAGUCAGCCCCAAAGCAUUUUGUUGUGCACCUAAAAUAAGGCUAUGGCUCUCUCUUUGCACCCCUGGCAGCGUCUGACCUUCUCCACAUCUAUCACAUCCCUCGGUUGCUCCUGUUGGGCACCAGCUGCUGCCAAUACCAGGAGGCCCAAAGGGGGACACGGGUCUCCCCCAGGGUCCAGCCUCUGGCCAGAGCCCUGCCCUUCCCCAGCCCGUGGCCUCAGUGUCCCUGUGACGUCACUGCCCAAAUUCCAUCCCCCUGCUCAGAACGGAGCUCUCCGACCCUGCCGCAUCCCAUUCGAGGGGAGAGGGACCAGCCUCCAGUGAUGUGGAUCCUCCCUGGGAGCACAGCACUGAUUUAUACCCAGGGACAAGAUCCCCCAGCCCAGCCGUGCGUGAUGAGAGAGAAAUUCCGUAUCCGUGUUUUUCCUCCGGAGAGGGGAUGGUUUGGCUUGUAGGAGCUGCUGGACAUUGUGUAACCACCCAAGGGCCACACACGAGGUACUGCGUCCCCUCCCCAGCCCUGCCUGGCUGUCCUGAGCUUGGGGUUGGUCUUUUGGGGUUUGGGGUUUUUUUUGAUUAUUAUUAUUUUUUAAUAUCUUCUGCUGCCUAUAAGACUGUAAUUACCGGUUUGCUCUCGCUCCCUCAUUGCUUGAGACCACGCUCUUGUCCUCCAAUGUCAUCCCCAAACAGCAAGGGGAAAAAAAUGGGUAUUGGAUCAACCCUGCAUGUGGUGCCUAAUUCGAGCGAAUCGAUAGGAAGAGGAAAUCCAAGAAGGACUCAUCCUAAGGAUGCUGGAGCUGAACCUUUUGUUUCCAUGGUUACGGGAGAAAUGGGACCAGGAAUGGAGAGAGGCCUAUAAACUGGGAGGAAUUUCAAGUCAUUUAACCAUGCGUUUGCUAGACAAAAAAUUUAGACACCAGCUGUACCUGAAUUGCACAGUGUUUAUAGACGUUCCUGCUCUUAUUGACUGGGGGGGUGUCUGGGGGGUCGGGUGGAAAGGGGUGAGGGGCCCCCGAGUCAAUAAGGCUGCCCGUUGUAUAUAGGUAUAUAGAUCUGUGUACAUACAUAUCCCAAAUGAGCAUUUGCUGUCUGGUUUAUCAUGAGUGUAUAUAAUUUAUUCUUCACAAAGUAUCACGAUUUUUGUAAAUAUUGGCACUAAUUAAGAGAAAAUAAAUAUGUAUAUUAUUGAGGA